AUGUCGUGUCCUGAUGAUAACGACAGCGAUACCCAUCCGCAGUCUCCUCCAGCAGCCCCGGAUCGUAUAUCUACGGCUCCCCCAGAGGUUUUCGACGACGAGGCCUUCAGCAACGAGCCUCCCGCUGGCCCCCAUGGCGACCAGGCGACGAGUAUGACGGCAUACGUAGGCGAGUUCGCACACCGGCUGUUGAGUUCCUUCAACGAUUUUCCGAGCAGGAAGGUCGAGGAGUGGUGGAACAACAUCUCGCCUACUCUGGCCAUCUUCAUGGAUGCCACGGGCUAUAACAUACAUGUCCAGUACAACUACUUGCGGUUCUUUCGAGACUACGUCUAUCCUUCCCUCGGGAAGCCUCCACGCCGUGACCGGGUGAUAACAUGGCCGAGCACAGUUGCACCGAUGUUCAUUCCAGCGUCCCUGGGCCUGAGACGGCAAGAUGGCGAUGACAUCCUCCGGUUCUCGUACGAGCCUAUCAAUUCCAGGGCUGGCACGUUGCUUGACCCUUACAAUAGCUAUGCUCUCUCCAGCGCCCUGGAUCUCCUCAAAUCAGGAGGAGUUUUAUUCAAUACAGACUUGUAUUACCAGUUCAAGCACGAUCUAACCCUCUCUAAUGACGAGGAUGGGUUUUUGGGAAGCGCGCCGGUGCCGGAAUAUCAACUAUCUCGAUACAUCCUCACCCUAAAUAUGCGGAAUAAUUUUUCUGGGCCUUCACUGGACUGUUGUCUGUCGCCUUUCUUGAAAUCAGUGGUCACCGGAGUGCCUGCCAGUAAGCUGGUGUUCGACACCAUCCGGAUGGCCGACACUCCUCGAGCGUUAAUAGCGGAUGCAUUGUCUGUUGUGACUGAAUAUUGGGAGAAUUGUAAUAACGACACAAAGGAUGCAUACCUUCUGGGCUGGGAAAUGGUUGAGCCCUCUAGAGCCAGCAUAAAGGUCUACUUUGCUGAAUGGGAGGUUCAAUACGAACGGGUUAAGGAGUUCUUCACCCUUGGAAACACCCUCCAGAGCCACCCACCCACGGCAACGGCUCUUGCAGAUGUGUGGGAAUUAUGGCGUGCAUUCGAGAUCAAAGUAGGGAAUCGUAAGGUUGUAAAACAAGAUGAUGAUGCGGAUCUAUCCGAGUCUCUCCCUCGCUCCCCAUUGCUAUUUUGUUUCGAGCUGGUGCCGGGCAACCCAGAUCCAAAAUUGACAGUCUAUUUGCCGGUGGAUGGCAUAAGCUGCGCCAGGAUUGCUUCCAUCUUGGAGAACGUCUACACCCGGUUUAAUUGGAAGGAUCUAAAACGGCCUUAUAGAGUGUGUCUCGAUCAUGCCUUCAACCAUGAGGAUAUGCAUACGUGGAUAUCUUACGAAUUCCACCCAGAGAAGGGUCCUAUGAUUAACGCCAUCCUUCAACCAAUGCGUGAAUACCCCUAG